GUCGGCGCUCGUUGCAUUGCUUUGAAAUUUGAAUGAAAUCUGCCAUCUACCUGGUUUGGUUUGGUAUGGUUGGAUUCAAAACGUUUGAAGAUUUAUGUCUGUCGGCUGGAAGUAAAAAUGCAGAUAAACAUUGUUAUUUAAAAAGUGAUUGAUUUUUCAUCUAUAAUUAGAAAUCCAAGGAUUUUUAACAACAAAUCAAGGUGUAAGUUUGAAAACAAAUCAAGAUGGUCAGGUAUAUGGCUCUAAAAAACCAAUAUGAAACUGAAAAGACAAUUGGAACUGGAGGAUUUGCCAAAGUCAAGCUUGCAAAGCAUAUAUUGACAGGCGAGAAAGUUGCUAUUAAAAUUAUGGAUAAAGAGUGCUUGGGUGAUGACCUACCUCGAGUAAAGAUGGAAUUGGAAGCUUUAAAAAGUCUUACACAUCAUCACAUCUGUCGACUUUACCAGGUCAUUGAGACUGACACUCACUUCUUUCUUGUGAUGGAAUAUUGUGCUGGAGGGGAACUGUUUGACCACAUAGUACAAUGUAACCGACUUAGUGAAAUGACGUCAAGGUCAUUUUUCCGCCAGAUUCUGUCAGCUGUUGCUUUUCUACACAGCAAAGGUUUCGUCCAUAGAGACAUAAAACCGGAGAAUGUACUUCUGGAUCGAGAUCAGUGUGUGAAGCUGAUUGACUUUGGACUGUGUGCCAAGCCGCAGCCUGAACUGGAUUGGCAACUUUACACAGCUUGUGGCUCUCCCACUUACGCUGCCCCAGAGCUGAUCAAAGGCGACAAGUACCUUGGUGCUGCUGUUGAUGUUUGGAGCAUGGGUGUCAUGUUGUAUGCAUUGCUGUGUGGUUGUCUUCCUUUUGAGAGUGAAAAAAUCGACGUUCUCUACAAACAAAUAACGAGUGGCAAGUAUACAACCCCAGACUACCUGUCUGAAGGAAGCCGUCAGAUACUGAGAGCCAUGCUACAGACUGAUCCUGCCAAGAGAAUCACAGUGGACGAGUUGAGGCACCAUCCUUGGAUACUGCGAGGAUACAAUGAACCAGUCUACUUCGACAGCAUGUAUGAGGAGGUAGAGUUGGACAACAACUGCCUCAACACAAUGGCAGCGUACUACCGUGUGUCAGGAGAAGAGUUGUGGAAACAGCUGCAGGAGAGACAGUUUGACUGGUACAGUGCCACUUAUCAGCUGCUUCUGGCCCGCAAGAAACUGGGACUGCCUUUGCAACUCAGCUUACCCCCCUCUGCUCGGACCAGACUACAGAGUAUGAGAAGAGCUGUUGUUGGCGGAGACAUCAAUCCUAAAGGCACUUUUGUCAAGCUUCCCAAGACUGAAAAAACUCCAGAAAAGACAGAGAAGGAAAAUGAGAGCAACAUGAUGCUGCCUCCUGAGCUCACCAGGAGUCGAGUGCUGAGGAAGCGUCAGAGAAGCAUCACAAGGGAGCCUUCAGCGUCUCCGAUCCCAAAAAAAGUCGCAGCUACAGAAAUCACUCCCAACGAAGGAUUCCAGACACCUAAAAAAUCAAAUAGAAGCACACCCAGUACCCCAGUCAACAGGGUGUCAUCGCCGAGCUCACGGCUUCUGAACAGCAUAGAACGCAAGCUGCAACACGUACGCAAGGCUCUCACCCCCAAAAAGCAACAAUCCAAUGACUGCAUUCUGCCCACCCUUCUAACUUCCAAGAACAUGUCCAAUAUUUCAACUACAUCAUCAAGCAGUCCAGACUAUGUCAGGGAAGAACUAGUAAAGGCAUUGAACAGCAAGGGCAUCGAAUGUAACUGCAAAGGGUAUUCCAUCAGAGGCAAGGUACAAUCAGAAGGGAAGGUGUGCAAGUUAUCGUUUGAGCUAGAGAUCUGUCUCAUCCCCACUACAGCAAACGUCAGUGGCUCUGUGGUCGGUGUUCGCAGGAAACGCCUCAAAGGCGACGCCUGGUGCUACAAGCGAGUCUGUGAGGAGGUUCUGCUUCUAGCCAACCUCCAGUGAUUCCAUAUCUACAAGGUUAUAGGUUGUGUUUUUGUAGAUAUUGUUUUCUCCUUUCGAUACUCUUUUUACCUGUCAUUAUCUUUUUGACUUGUUAAUUACGUUAGCUUUAAACUCUAUUCCAAAGGACGUAUGGAUUGUUGUAUGUAACCAAGGACUCUAUUUAAAUAAAACUUCUAGUGGAUUAUACUAUUAUUAUGUAUUAUAUAAUGUUUUGUUUUUGUUUUAAAGAGGUAUUUUGUUUCUAAACCUGUGAGUUUAGUUAAGACCAUAAUUUCUCAGUUAUUUAACCCUAACUAUAUCUCGACUAUUGAGUUUUUUAUUUACAUUGAAAAAAAAUGAACUUUAUAAAACAAGUUAGUGGCAUGAUAAUGUUUCUUAUAUUUAAUUCAUUAUUCAACUCAAAUGUUAGGCUAUACAUCAUACAUCAUAGGCUUGACAUCUUACAUUUACUUGAAAAAAUCUUUUCUAUUUUAUAGUCUUUGGAGAUGAGGCCCAAAUUUCUUUUUUAGUAGUCCCAGUUCCAUAAUCAGCAUUUUUUUAAAUAUUAAUUUUUUUACUAAAAUUAAAUGCACAUUAAACUAGUUUUUACAAGGUUGAUGAUGGUUAAGAGAAUGACAUUGUGUAUUUGGAGACCCAUAGAUUUUUCAUCAAGGUUUCUAUAAAGGGAAUUUUAACCCCUUUUAACACAGCCUUCAAUGAGAAUCCUAUGUCUUGACAUUUUUUACAAUCCUAUAAGUUUAUCCUGUAAGAAGUUAAGUCAAGAAGAUCCACAUCACUCUCUUACUUAAUGUUAUGAACACUGUACUAUUGAUUUGACUUAUGACAAUGAAGGUAUUGUUGUGUAGUAAAAUAUAUAUAUAGGUUAAAUACUUUUUCAUAUUAUAAUUGAGAUAUAUAUCAUUGUUCACCUAAUGGAACUAACUGAAUUUACCAAAUGUAUAGGCCUAUACCUAAUAAAAAUAGUUUUUCUUACUUCUUAAUUUUCUUAAUUAGAGCUUCAGAUAUAUUUGUUAGCAUAUACAUAACAACACAACUAAUGUUCCUUUCUUUUGUCCCAUUCGUAAGAAACUAUUGUCAUGAGAUAAGAUGUGAAAUUUCACUCAGGGUGUUUUGUAUUUUUAUAAUUAAAACAUAUAGCUCAGAUAA